CGGCGCGCCGCCGCCCGCGGGGUUUGAAUUGCGCUCUCCGGAUUCCGGGCGGAAGUUCGCGGCGGCGGCUGCAGGGGCGGCGUCAUGGGGGCUCCGGCUCUGCCCCCGACCUGGCAGAUGUAUCUCAUGAACCACCGCAUGUCCACCUUCAAGAACUGGCCCUUCCUGGAGGGCUGCUCCUGCACCCCGGAGCGGAUGGCGGAAGCUGGCUUCAUCCACUGCCCUACCGACAAUGAGCCUGACUUGGCCCAGUGUUUUUUCUGCUUUAAGGAGUUGGAAGGCUGGGAACCAGAUGACAACCCUCUAGAGGAGCAUAAAAAGCACUCGCCUGGGUGUGCCUUCCUGACUGUCAAGAAGCAGUUUGAAGAACUAACCCUCAGUGAAUUCUUGAAACUGGAGAAAGAAAGAGCCAAGAACAAAAUUGCAAAGGAGACCAACAGCAAGCAGAAAGAAUUUGAAGAAACUGCAAAGACCAUCCGCCACUCCAUUGAGCAACUGGCUGCCUUGCAGUGAGCAUUUGCUGGGGAGACCUGGACCCGAGUGACACGCCACAUUGAAGCCGCGUGUCCCCGCUGUCCUAGCCUUUGCUGGGGAGACCUGGACCCAAGUGACACGCCACAUGGAAGUCGUGUGUCCCCGCUGUCCUAGCCCAGAUGGUAUUUUAAGACUGGACAUCAAAUACUAUUUUUAUGUUUGCUUGGAAGUGGCUCAGCCUGUGUGCCUACCUCUCUUGAUUCGGCUUUGCUCUAUUGUCACCUGGACUGAAGCAGUAAGGAAAGGAGUGGUGAGGAGGCAGGCAGUGUCCAGUGACAGGACCUGUGGGGUGGGGGGUGCCUGAGCAAGGUGUUUCUGGUCUUGGCGUGUCCAUACUGGUAGUUAGCACGUCUGUGUGCCGUAGGUGUGCUGAUGUGUUGGGCUGGAGAUCAUCUGUCCUGUGGUGUGAGUUUUCUGCCGCAGGGUAAUGGAAUAAAAUUAUCAAAAAACGGAUUGCAAA